AUGGGAGCCUCCCCCGCACCUGACCCUGAGGAGGGCGGCUUCAUCCGAGCCACGAGGCUCCACGGAAACUGUGCAGCGCAUCAUAGAGGAGAACGUGAAUCAUACGAAGAGAGCAGGUUCUUCUAUAGACGUUGUGGGAUGCCUCUCAAGUACUUUGCUCCAGACUCGGUUGAGCCUCUUGUCUCUGCCGACAAGGUCGAAGACCAGGACAAGCCAGCUAAAAGUCCCUUCUCGCACGAGUACAACUUCAGGCGGAGCUUGUCUGCGCCCUUGGACGUCCCGAAGCCUCAAGUUGAGUCUGAUACGAGCAUGAUGUCAAGCCUAAAUGUGGCCGGAUUGAAAGUCCUCGACAAGGAUCAUGCAGGCAUCAUCAAAGAUUACGUGAGCGGGAUGUUCAACGAAGCCCUUGACGCUGCGACCAAGCCUAUGGAAGGACUGCUCGGUACCAUCGCAGCGGUCACCUCUGGGUUCAGCAGCAAAACAUCCACUUCCAGGCUGGCCGGCAAUUGUUUGAGCUUGAAUUUCGACGAUUGUCUACACACUCGGGUUGAGUGGCAGGUUGUGCAAGGGCAGAACGAAAAUGGCGAUGUCUACACAACGUAUCGACACCGCAAGUACGGCACAGUAUUAGAGCUGUACCAUUCGAGCUGGGGAUGUUUCACUUUCCAGGCAACGGACAACUCAGUAGUCAGGCGUUGUGUUGCUGUGACUGAGUUUGCGAUAGAGAACCGAGACUACUGGUUUCAUCCCGAGCUGCUGAAUAUCCUGCGAUGUUCGAGCGACAAUGAUGAGCAUUCUUUGCUCAAAUAUGCUGUGGUGAGGAGUGGGACUUGGACAGCCACUUCCUUGCAGGGAAAAGCGAUUCGAAUCGAGCAGAGGAGCCCAUACGACAAGAACAACGAGACCUUGGUGCUUGUACCGGACGGAUUCGUCUUCAUCUGCAGGGGGAACAUCAUCAACCUGCAAGCGUAUCGGAAGCGUGAGGCUAUCAUACUGCGCAAAGGGACGGUGACUGCCGAUGACGCUAAGGCUUUCCUGCGAAGUUUCGUGGGAGAGGUCCCAGGGCUAACCAACUUCGAGGCUCCAAACGCCACCUACCCGCCAGCAUACGAAUACCUGCUAGAGGACGGGAAGCGGUUGCAAGGGCACGAAUCUUCGCUAGAGGAGAGGUGGCUGUGGAGAGGACGGGAAUACACAGUGCAGUGGACGCCUCGGUACAAAUCAUACAAGGUCCUGCUGGAUGGGAAAGAGGAAGGUGCGAAUGGAGCAGAUUAG